UAACCUGAAAAUGUCCUGUUAAGUCACUUUCACUAAACCUGUUUUAAAUUUGUUGCGAAAUUCUCUUGCAAUAUGGCCCGAAAGAAGAGCAGAUCUCGCAUAAACCGCAAGAAAAGUAGCGAGAUCAGCUUGAAAAAGUCAAAAUCCGACCGGGGCACCAAAUCCAGGUCGAAAUUAGGGAGAAAAAGUUCAAAAAAGGGCCGCACAAACCGCGGGAAGAGUAGCGACGUGAGUCUUAAGAGGUCAAAGUCCGAUCAAGGCAAAAAGAAAUCGAAUACAUCGGACACUUCGUCCAUAUGGUCUAUAGGGAAAAAGAAAAAACAUAAAAAAGGGGAGUCCGAACCCGAUUUUUCCAUAUGGGAGUCGGAAUCCUCGGUUAACACCACCCCCAGUACCACCGCGACUAGUGUCACCAGUGUUCCGAGCACUACCGCUACCACUAGAUCGGAAGAUAUUACUCAUACCGAUAGUUACAUAAGAAGUAUUUCUGAUUAUGAGUUAAGUGUGAUGAAAUUUGACGAUUGUCCCGACUAUUUCGUCUGUAAGGAGGACCGAACCGGCCGAGACCCAAAAAUGAUUAGAGUUAGAACCUCCGGAUUGGGUCUGCUGUUUGUUGGUUUCCAAUUAAUAAUUAUCCUGCUAACCGCGGCAAUGGGGGUCCUUUUAGCCAUAACGAUUAACUUUUGGACUUACAACCGAGGAGGCCAAGGUAGAAGAAUGGCCAUACCGUACACAGACAUCUAUUUUCCAGCGGAAAAUCUCCUAAAGGAAACACCUAAAUAUUGCAUUUAUCAGAACCUCCAAAGUUAUUCAAGUAAAUCGUCGUUCAGUUAUUGCUUGGACGAUUAUCAGGCCGAUGUCACCGAAAUCAGUCCCCUGAUGGCCCAAACUAAUUUGUGGGCCACCGAAUGUCUCAAUUAUUAUGCCCCUCAGCAACUGUUUAGUUACGAUAAGAAGACGCAGCAGAUUUCUAAACCGAGAAGAGCCAUCGUAAGGGAUGGACAAAGGAUGUGCUUGGAAGCCAUGACAAGCAGUGUCGUGUCACUAAACUAUUGCCACCCCAAGAAGAAAUCCCAAAGAUGGACCCUUUUUGCCGACUGGUUCAUAUACAAUCCACUUUUCGAUGCAUGUCUGACAAUGGUUAAGGGAGAAAAAGGACCUGCGGCAAAAAAAGUGAAACUGGCCAACUGCAAUGCCACCAAUAAGGCAUAUCAUUGGAGAUGUUUAAAGCCGUUGUAUCCCGAAAGACCGCCGCCUCCAGCAACACUACCUGACGAUAAGGAACCGGCACGAGCGUUUUCUAAAAGGCAAAAACGACCACCAAUUUGACCACAUGUUCAAUCGACAUCUACGCAAACAACUUUUGCAACUACUUAUUAUCACUAUCAUUACUAAUCAACACUAUUAAUGAUGUAGGAGAUGUGUCUACUAACUCCAAAGGUACCAUCUUGGAGUCUAAAAGUACAGUCCAGGCAGGCAGUGUGACCAACUUGAAAGAUAGUACUACUUUAGAGUCCAAAUCUACAGUAGUAGACAGCUCACAAGCUACAAACUCAGUAGGAAGUACCAUUUUGGCAUCCACAAGUAUAGUCCAAGUGUGGUCAACUCUGCGACCACUAUAAAACCAAAAAGCUCAAAAACCACCUAACAAGAUCCUCAAUAUAUUCAUCAAAUAAACAUGAUUUUUUAAUGAA